AUGUAUAGAGCCUCCACAGGCGACCUCAGCUACAUCGAUGACCACCCAGCCCGCGGCGAGCGAUGGGACCGCCAUCGCUUCGAGCGGGUGAGGGGCGGACACAAAGACCACGACCAUUUCCGCUACACCGACCACGACAGGUAUCCCGGAGGCCACAUUGACAUUGACAUUCACAAAGACUACGACCGCCACGCCCAUCGUACAGCUGUCCGUGACCGCUAUCGUGAAGAGGACCGCUUCAGCCGAUCCCAUCGCCGGUCAGACCUGUUCGACGAGCCUACCCCCUCCGAGAUCGCGAACCAGGCCCUUGCCCCAUAUCGUCGCAAGUCGGUCGUCGAGAAGGACAUUGACAUUGCCAUCCGCCGCCCAGCUCGUCCUGGAUACCACCGCCGUCAGUCAUCCCUAGACACCUAUGAUCGCCGUCCCCUGCCUCGCUAUUCCGAGUACGAGCGUGAGGAAUGGAGACCCCCGACCAACGUGCCUAUUCCCCUACCCAUCCGCGAACGGCGCAGAUCUCCACGACGCCAUAGGGAUGAUGAAUACGAUCACCACAGAUAUCAUGACUAUGAGCGCGAACGCGAGCGCGAGCGUCGCGGUCGCCCGGUUGAAGAAUACAGGGAAGUUGAAAUUCAGCGGGAGAAGAGCACCCGCCGCCGGAGCCGAAGCCGCCGCCGUGCGAGGAGCAUCGCUGCGUCUUCGACUCGCAGCUCCUCUACCUCCAGCUUCGAGGAGAUCGUCCUGCCCCGGGCUAACGUGGGGAAGAAGGGCAAAACGCGGAUGCCCAAACGCCUGGUUAAGAAACAAGCCAUUAUCGAGCUCGGUUAUCCCUUCGAGGAGGAGGACGACUUCAUUAUCGUAACGCGGGCGCUCGAGAAGGAGCACAUAGACGAGAUCAUCAAAGUCAGCGAGAAUUACAAAGAGGAAAAAACGACUUACGUCUACGCGGAGAAGAGCGAACCUGUAGAGGUUGCCCCGCCCGCUCCGAGUGUCCAUCAUGCGCCCUCUGUACGAAGUGUAUCUCCGUCCCGGCAUGGUCACGAAGUAUACGAGGAGCGCAUCGAGGAGUCGAACCAUAUCGGCGGCCCCUUGACUGUUCUGGUCCCUGACGAGGCGCAGAGGCGUCUCACCCGUGUGGAACACGACACUCGCUCGGAGCGCGACAUCAAAGAGGAAAUCCGGGCCUUGGAAGCCGAACGACGCAUGCUCAAGUAUGAGCGGGAAGGCGACUACGACGUAGUCCUCGAACGACGUGAGCCCCGCAGAGAAGUCAUCCGUGUCGAAAAGGAUCGAAAGGUAAGACGGGAGCCAAAUCCAAAGUUGCUCGGUGCCAUGAUAGCGACGCUCACCUAA